CCGCCCGCCACGGAGGAGGUGGCCGAGAAGUGGGUGCUGCUUCGGGGGGUGAUUGAAAGCGCGGCAGUGAGACCGUGGGGAUCUGCUGUAGCACGUUCCCUCUGCGUGAUAAACUCGUGCACAACAACGUCCACUUGUGGAACAUUGCACGGCGAGAAAGCGUAAUUAUUUUCAUCCUGGAUGCUUAUGGUUGAAAAAGGGUCAUCACUACCAUCCGCCACCGCAACAGCGAUGCCCUCUGAUCAAUACUCUGCUGUCCCCAUGGAGACCAACAACAACAUGGCCGCUAUGGCGAAGGUGAUCCAGCCGCCGCCGGAAGGCAUGUUGGAGAAUGACAGCGGCGUGGAGCUGACCAAUGAGAGCAGCCCCCUGGCAGGGGCCGAGCCACCGUCGCCCUUCAGCCCCAAACAGAGCGGGGGUGCCUCAUCACCUCGGGAUGAUAACGUGUGUCUGGAAAGACGGGCUAGGACCAGGAAGAGGUCCGAGGGCGAUGAUGGUGACUGGGACCCGUAUAAUAAAAACAAGACUCAGCUUGCUUUGAGAGAGAGGCCGCGCACUCGAACCAUCUUCCAGGCUGGUCUGAUGCCGCAUGCCAAACCUCGCAGACAGACACGGAAACACGAGGUCAUCGCCAAUAUGUGUGGCCCAUCUUCUCUGGCGGACUCAUCCAAGGCGGUCGCAGAGCUGCCGUGUCUGGAGUUGCUGGAGCAUGACUCCAAAGACUCAGCCCAAAGCAGCGCCACCACCAUGUCCAGUUGUAACGCCCACACAGAAUAUAACGACAACAAGGGCUUUAGCGUUGGUGAGCUGGUGUGGGGGAAGAUUAAGGGCUUCUCCUGGUGGCCCGGCAUGGUGGUGACCUGGCGCGCUACCGGGAAACGGCAGGCCAACCACGGCAUGAGGUGGCUGCAGUGGUUUGGGGAUGGGAAGUUCUCCGAGGUCUCUGCUGACAAGCUGGAUUCCAUCACUGCCUUUGCCAAGUUCUUCAAUCAGGCAUCUUACACCAAAUUGGUGUCCUACCGCAGGGCCAUCUUUCAAGCUCUAGAGAUGGCCAGCAUCCGUGCUGAGAAGAAGUUCCCCCUCUGUGAGUCAGACAACCCUGAUGAACAAAUUAAGCCCUUAAUGGACUGGGCGCAAGGAGGCUUCCUGCCCAAAGGCCAAGAGGGCCUCAAACCCAAACGAGGCGCCGACAGUGUCACGCUUAACAUGGAAGUCCUGGACGUGUCCCUGCCUGAGUAUCCCCCCAGUGCCAAGCAGCCCAGACUCAGCGUGUGCAAGAGCAAGAUUGCGCCUGAGGAGUCAUACAGCAGAGAACAAAUGGUCAAUGAAGUCCUGAAGAAUAAAAGAAGUAUCGAAGAGUUCUGUCUCUCGUGUGGCAAGAUGAGAGCAGCAACCUUCCACCCGCUCUUUGAAGGAGGCCUGUGCCAAACGUGCAAGGACGUGUACUUGGAGACGUCCUACAUGUAUGACGAUGACGGCUACCAGUCCUACUGCACCGUCUGCUGCGGCGGCCGAGAAGUUCUGCUGUGCGGCAACGCCAACUGCUGCAGGUGUUUCUGUGUGGACUGUCUCGACAUUCUGGUGCACCACGGGGCUUCGAACAAUGCGCGCUUCUUGGACCCUUGGCGCUGCUACAUGUGCCAGCCACUGCUACCAUAUGGCGUCCUCAAGCGGCGCCACGACUGGAGCGUCAAACUGCAGGAGUUCUUUGGCAAUGACAACGGACAGGAGUUUGAGACCCCAAAGAUUUAUCCGGCAGUCCCAGCAGAACAGAGGCGACCAAUCCGAGUCCUCUCACUGUUUGACGGCAUCGCCACCGGCUACCUGGUCCUAAGAGAUCUGGGUUUUAAGGUGGACCAAUACGUGGCAUCCGAGGUGUGUGAGGAUUCCAUCUCUGUCGGCGUGGUCCGACACGAAGGAAAGAUCCAAUACGUGCACGAUGUUCGGGACAUCACCAGGAAAAACAUUCAGGAAUGGGGGCCAUUCGAUUUGGUGAUAGGAGGAAGUCCAUGUAACGACCUGUCUAUUGUCAACCCAGCCAGGAAGGGCCUCUUUGAAGGCACAGGGAGGUUGUUCUUUGAAUUUUACCGCCUGCUCAGCGAGGCCAAGCCCAAAGAAGGAGAGAAUCGUCCAUUUUUCUGGAUGUUCGAGAACGUGGUCGCCAUGGGUGUCAACGACAAGCGGGAUAUCUCACGAUAUCUGGAGUGUAACCCCGUGAUGAUUGAUGCCAUUGAGGUCUCUGCAGCCCAUCGGGCUCGAUACUUUUGGGGAAACCUGCCGGGUAUGAACAGACCUUUGUGUGCAUCUGGAAUGGACAAGCUUGAGCUUCAGGACUGCCUGGAACACGGACGAGUUGCUAAAUUUGGUAAGGUUCGCACCAUCACCACACGCUCCAACUCCAUCAAACAGGGAAAGGACCAACACUUCCCAGUCUUGAUGAACGGAAAGGAGGACAUUUUAUGGUGCACUGAGUUGGAGAGGAUUUUUGGCUUCCCAGUCCACUACACAGACGUGUCCAACAUGGGAAGAGGUGCUCGGCAGAAACUCCUAGGCCGGUCCUGGAGCGUCCCUGUCAUCCGGCAUCUUUUCGCACCCCUCAAAGACUUCUUUGCCUGUGACUAGAUGCCACCACUAACCAGCACAAAGAUCCUACGUCACCAGCAAAUUUACACCACAAUAACCUGUGAUCAUCAAACUGAGGCCAGGUCAUUUUUAGUCUGGAGGGACUAUGUUGGUAUUGCCGUCCCUUUUCCUUGGCCAGUAUGGCUUUGUUUCACUUUUUGUAGUUAAUAGCGAGGCUUUGGAAGGAGUUUUUUUGUGAGAACUCUUUAGGAAGAAUUGAUAGCAAAGGAAGGUAGUGAGAUUGAGGGUUUUCUUCUCUUUUUUUUUCAGUUCACAUUUUAGCUGGUCUUGAUUUACUUUUUGUUCUCUUUAUUAUAGAAGACAGUCUGAUAGUUUUUUUUUUUAAAUGAAGAGUUGAUAGACAUACGUGUUUUAUUUUUUGGUAUGGUUAUCGUGUUUAAAAGUUAGCUUCAUCUUCCUGAAAGACCCCUGCUCUAUGGUAACAAUACUUGAAAUAAGCGAAUGCAAACAAAAAGAACAACAAAAUGAUUGGGUGAAUCUUGGUGUAUUUUUUACCCCAAUUUUCGAAAGGUCCUUAUUGUUUGGGAAGUAUCUUGAAGCGAAUCUGUUUACUGUAAUGUUGUCGACAAAAACACGCAGUAUUCUGUGCCGACAAGCACUGACGACUUUAAAGUUGUCAAAGCUUAAGAUUUUGUAUUUUUAGUGCUACUGUAAUUGUUCCAAGUGUCAUAACGGAACAUGUGUUGUUUUUUUUUUUUUGUUUUCUUUUGGGUGUGUUGUGGCUGUCACUAAAACCAAACUUAUUUUACCUCAAAGAAAUCUCUUUUCUUUCUAUUGUCUUUAAUCACUGGAACGUUUGGAACAUUGUUUUCACAAUGACAACACACAAAAAAGUUCUACUCCGUGUGUGUGUGUGUGUGUUUUUUUUUUCUUAAGGGACUAAAAGAGAACUGUUUACAUGUUUCACUCAUAAAAAUAUUCCUGUUGUAUGUUUGAACCUGCUCUUUUUGAGUGUGUAUUGUUUAAAAACUGACACCAGUUUUAUUGCAUUUUCAUCAAUAGAGUUAUCAUGUCUCAAAGGUUUUUUAUCCUUUCAUUUAACAAAAUUACAACUAAGAAGGUUUUUGCAUUUUAGGACUUCAUUGCUAGCAUUAAACAAGUUAGCUUAUUUUUGAUACUUUUUUAAACAUUCAUUUAAACUGUUAGUAGAAAAGUACUGUAUAUUUUUUGAAAUCUUCUGUAGAGUUUGUAUUCAAUAAAAGGCAGUUUUGGCUGAUUUAAAGCA